AUGUCUUCCUCACAUCCCGACAAAGUGUCCAGUGGCGCAGAUUGCCAGUACGACGAGGAAAUGAUCCAGAAACGCGCUGAGUUUUGCGAAAAGACACGCCACUUUCUUGACAACAUCCCACGACUUGUGAGACGCUGGAAGGAUGAUGCCGAGGCUGAGUUUCACAAGAACCUGGAGAACAGUGGCAACGCGACAUUGUCGUUUUUGACCACGGAGCAGCUUACCAAGCUGCGCGAAGCGCAGAAUGAGAAACGUGUCUUCAUCAUCUCGUCUCUGAAGAGUGCCAACGACAACGCUCAGAGGAUGAUCGAAGAGCUCCAGGAGGAGAAUCCAUAUGGGGACAUGUUGGAUUUGAGACUUGAGCGAUUCAAGGCAAGUAUUGAGAUCCGCGAGAAGAUGAUUGCUGACCUUGAGAAGGAGAAGCAGCUCGUGGAAACGAUUGUUAACAACGAGGCACUUUGA